AUGAGAAAUCCAACCUGGAUUCUCAGAUCUCCUCUCUACAAACAACUGGACGACAUAAAUCUCACUUUGUGAUUUCCAAUCCUCCUAAUUUGGGUGCCACUCAAAUUCUAACAAGUCUCGGAUUUGGAGUCCUGGGAUGGAUCAGUUUAUGGUGGCCUGAAGAGGCAAACCAUACAAAAAGGAGGAAAGGACUUCAGUUUUUCUGAACUGGGUUUCUCUUUUCUCUUUUGAGCUUCAUGGUAAAUAACCUUUGCUUGAUGGCCUCCCAUGGCUACCCUCAUGGGCUCGUUUUGCAACAAGAACAGAACAUGGGCAUCAUUAAGGAUUUCCAACCCUUCCUGUCAAGUUAUGGAACAAAACAGGAAAUUACAAAGUUGGGAUCUUUAAAACUGAUGAAUCAGAAAUGUGAGGAGCCAUGGAGAGCAAUAAGUGGAUUGUCAGAGUCCAACUGGUUUGCCAAGACUGCCUCAGAUAUGGAAAGGCCUGGACUCACUGAUGUGCAAGAUGUCCAUCGAGAUUCGGUGCUUUUCAGCUAUGGGAUUGCUGAGCACUUCUUACGACAUGAAAAAAUGGCGCAGUUGCUCAUGUCUGGAGAAAGUGAAGCAGAGAGAGGUGGACUAGAUAUAACUUCAUUAUAUGACUUAAUGGGGUUAAAUGAAAUGCACCAAAAGCCCUUAAUUCCUUCCCUCAUCUACCCAAGUAGUGAGUCCAAUACAAAGCCUCUCUUGGACUUCGUUGGUGGUCUGGCAUCUAGUUCUAAGAUUAAAGUUCAGUCAGAUGGUCGAGUCUUGUUCACAGGUACGGGGACUGAGAUGAAGCAUCUCCUUUCAGUUGUUGCGGAGUUUUACUCAUUGAAAAGCUCAGCUAGUUUGGGAAAGCAUUCUGUUUUGGUUCCGUACUUUGAUAGGUUCCAGUUCAGGGAAAAAGUCAAUGUUGAUGGUUCUCCUUUGAAGAUGCAUGGGACUACAGUUGCUCCUUUAAAGAGUCCUGAAAAAUUCAAGACAAGGGGGAUGCCAAAGCAGAAGAAUGGGAAAAAGGUGGGGAGAGAUAGAGAUCUAUACACAAGGAACUAUUUCCAUGCCUGUGAGAGCCUUCUAUCUUUAAUGAUUGAUAGAAAAAAGCAUGGGAAAUCAGCAAUUCAUUCACUUCAAAAAUCUGGCCCUGAGCUUCCUCAGCUCCUGACCCAGUUUUCUGCCAGUAUUGCUGGAACAGGCUUGGCUGUCCUUCUCUCUGUCGUCUAUAAAGUAGCUUGUGCGAGGGUACCCUUCUGCUCGUCCAAACUCCUGAACACUGGAGUUGGAUUUGGGUUAGUUUGGCUGUCUUGGUCAGUGAAUAAGCUGAGGGACACGAUUGUUCCUAUCCGCAAGAAUCCAAGGAAGUCAGAUGUAAAAGAAGAUGAAAUAUUGUCAAGGGUGGAGACGAGCGUGAAUGAGAUUUACUUCAGAGCUGCAGCAUUGAUGGCGGUGGCGGUGUUGAGGUUUGCUUGAACUUGAAGCGAUUACAAAAUUUUGGGAGAUACAGAUGGUGUGAAGUUAAUUUGGCUAGAUGGUCUUUAUCUGAAUAUAAUUGUAUAUGGCGGCAGCUAAUGACCAGACAGGUGAAACCUUUGAUCAAAAGUGUUCUUUAAUUAUAUACAAUUGAAGAGCCAUCUUUCGAAGAAAUAUGUUCCAAAAAAACUCUGCAGUUGAUGUGAACCAGAAGUCCGGUGCGCUGGAGCUCUGGCUGAUGACCAGUCAGCUGGUAGUAGUAGUACGUAGUACUAGUUCAUGUAGAAUGUGAAUUGAUAGCCUGUAACAUAGUACAAUUUUGUGCACGAAACUGUCCACGUCUUUUUCCUCUCUACAUUCUUACUAUCUGUAAAUAAACUCUAUGUUUGUUGAAAAAAGACGCAUGUUUUGCAUGACU